AUGAAUGGAAUCUCAAAAACCAUUGUUUUUCUUGCAGUUUUAGUUUCAGAUUUGUUCUCCACGUCAUCUUGGGCUGAGACAACCAAACUCCUUGAUUGCUCUACUUCAUCUGCUGUCAAUUGUUUUUCUUUCAUUUAUCUUCAUAAUGUUACUGAAACCAUCAAUUCUGUUGCAUCCAGGCUCAAAAUUUCUGCCCAUGAUAUCAUGCCCUUUAAUGUUGCUGAUUAUUUGGCCAAAAUUCCUUGCUCUUGCUCCAAUUUUUUGGGUAAUCGCGGAUUCUCUUACAGGAUGAGCUAUACAGUGCAAUCUUCUGAUGUAGACUUACAAGAGAUUUCUGAUAAAUACUUUGUCCGUACUGCGUGCACAGGUAAUCAAUCCAGAUUAUUAAACGUGGGUGAUAAAGUAGAGUUAGCUCUGGGUUGUGGAUGUCCUAUUCCUGGAUGGGAAUCUAUUGUUGCUUAUUUAGUUCUCCAUGGUGAUUUGCUUUUUCCAAUAACUUCUAAAUUUCGCUCCAACCUGGAUGCGAUAGUGAAGCUCAACAACAUACCAGAUAUGGAUGUGAUAGUGAGUGGCUGGGUAUACUUUAUCCCUUAUCAAGAGGAAAAGGGGCACCAUCAUAGAGGAAUAGUAAUGGAAGUUUCUGUCUCCCUUGCUGGGACAAUCGUACUGCUACUCUUGUUGAUAAUUGCUUUUUACUAUGCCUGCCGCAAAAGAGGUUCCUCUUUAACUCAGACUUCAGCAUAUAUAAACGAUGGGCAAUCUCAGUAUUUGGGAGAAGAGACAAAACAGGAACACCAGUUGGAGGAAGGUCUAUCUGCCUCGCCAAAUCUUACAUAUGAAGAGAUAAUUCAAAUGAAAGGUUAUUGUGAGCAGUCAUACAAAAUUGGGCAAGGAAGCUUUGGAAAAGUGUACAGGGGCAAUCUGAAAGACAAAGAUGUGGCUAUAAAGAAAAUAGGACAAACAAGCAAAGAUAGCAAAAGAUUAGUUGAGAAAGAAGUGAGACUUCUCCAUGGGAAGGAGCAUAAAAAUCUAGUUAAUCUAAUCGCAUUGUGUACUGAAGAAAACAAAUUUUAUUUGGUGUAUGAAUAUGUUAAUGGUUGCACUCUGGAUGAAUACUUAGAGAGAAAAUUCUUCAAUUCCUUCUCUGAGUUGAAAGCAAUGUCUGAAGGGCAUGUGGACUGGGAAGGCACCCACAAAUCCACUGAGAGAAUAACAGGUACUAGAGGAUAUUGGUCUCCAGAAUAUUGCUUCAACCACAAUCUCUCCUACAAGAAUGAUAUUUACAGUUUUGGUAUUGUGGUGUUGGAGGUUAUAACAGGGCAGAGGCAUGUUGAUAAUGCACGAGGCUCCAACCAGUUCCAUAUUCCAGAGUACUUACGCUACAUGAUUGCCAACAAUCGUUUUGAACAAGCUUUGGAUGAAAGGCUCAAAGGGGAUUGCAGGAGUGAGUCUGAUUUGACGAAUGCUUUGGCUGUAGCACAGUUAGCCCUCAAAUGUGCAGACAAGGACAAGGAGGAGAGGCCUGAUAUGGAUUGUGUGAUGAGAGAACUCUGCUUUAUGAGAAGUCAAAAUACUGAAAAAGGGUAUCCUGAGACAGUCCAUUGA